CCUCCCCCUCUCGCCCCAAUGUUGAAUGUUGACGUCUAGAAUGGUUUCUGCUGCAUGCUGUUAUUUUUUGCCGGUUAUAAUCAAAUACUUCGGCAUUUAUAAUGUUCGUGCUGGCAGAAAUGAAACAUGUCAUUCGGACACCACCAUGGAAGUUUAACGUCAAAUUAACUGAUGCCAUUGCAGAGGAGUUAAACAAGAAACUUGCCAACAAGGUUGUCCUGAACGUUGGUCUCUGUAUAGCUUUACAUGACAUUAUUUCCAUGGAGGAUUCCUUCAUUUUUCCUGGAGAUGGAGCAGCGCACACCAAAGUUAGAUUCCGAUAUGUUGUAUUCCGGCCUUUCACAGAGGAAAUCCUUACUGGCAAAAUUCGGAGUUGCAGCCCAGAAGGUGUUCAUGUAACUCUAGGGUUUUUUGACGAUAUAAUUAUUCCUCCAACUGCGUUACAACAUCCAUCCCGCUUUGAUGAGACAGAGCAGGUCUGGGUGUGGGAAUACGACACAGGAGCAGAUGGAGAGAAACAUGACCUGUUUAUGGAUGCAGGUGAACCUAUUAGAUUCCGAGUUACUGCUGAGAAUUUCACAGAAACUUCCCCUACUGGCCCAGAAACUCCAGAUGUAGGUGUACCUGCUGAUGCAGCUAAACCUGAACAAAAAAUACCUUUCACACUAACGGGUGGCAUAAGUGAACCAGGCCUGGGACUGUUGUCAUGGUGGUCCUCAUAAUUUCUUCUAUUGAUCAUGAUCUGAUGUGUGUGUUCCUGUGAGUGAAAUCAAUUGUCUUGUAAAUAAGGUGUACAGCUCUAUUAAUAAUAGAUUUACAUUAAGGGAUGUA